AAUGAAUGCAUUUUUUGUCCACAGCAUAUUAAACAAUUCAUUAAUGAGACCUGGCUGGAACGACAUGGCUCACCACUCCCUCAAGAAAACAUUGUCUUGCUGUGGUCCUUCAUUGUGUCCAGUUACGGGAUUGGAGGACUCUUAGGGAGUGUCUGUUGUGGAUACCUCACCACAAAAUAUAGGAAGAAGAAGUGCCAGAUGUUCACCAACCUCAUCAUGCUGACUGCUGCCCUGCUCAUGGCUUUCAGCAAGAUGGCCAAAUCUUUUGAGAUGAUCCUCCUUGGGCGCCUCCUGUAUGGGAUUGGCAUUGGGUUUUCUUUCAAUAUACAUCCUCAAUAUGUGGGAGAGAUUUCACCUAAGAAGUUGCGUGGAUUUACAAAUGCCACUGUUGCUGUUUUUCUGACGCUUGGCAAAGUUGCAGGACAAGUUAUUGGUCUUGGGGAAAUUUUGGGCUCAGAGUCCUUGUGGCCCCUGCUGUUGGCUUUCAGUGGACUCACAGCCACAAUCCAGCUGGUGACACUCCCAUGCUUCCCUGACUCCCCACCCUACCUUCUGAUACAGAAAGGCAACGAAGAUGCCUUCCUGAAAGCCAUCAAACAGCUCUGGGGUGAAGGUGACCAUCAAGCCGAGAUUGAUGACAUCAAAAGGGAAAAGGCAGCCAUGUCUUGCACGAAAAGUCUCCGAGUCCUAGAGGUGCUGAGGGCCCAAUCACUGCGCUGGCAGCUGUAUGUGAUGAUCACCGUCAUGAGCACCCUGCAGCUGUGUGGCAUCAAUGCAAUCUACUUCUACUCCUUUGAAGUUUUUCGCACAGCCCAGUUUGAAGAAACUCUCAUUCCAUACAUUGCACUGGGUGUUGGCAUCUGCGAGUGCCUCUCAUCCAUCCUGUGUAGUUCUCUGAUUGACCGUUUUGGGCGGAAACUUCUGCUAUGGGGAGGAUAUGCUGUGAUGGUGCUGGUGCUGGCUGCACUCACAAUAACCCUCUCACUCCAACAUCGCUUCUUUUGGAUGCACUACCUGAGUGUCAUUUUCAUCUUCCUCUUUGUAAUCUUCUAUGGAAUUGGACCUUGUGAGUAUCUCCAUGCUGGGCAGAUGGCUGUACAGGUUUGAAUGGUGAAGAACUGUCUCUGACCCAAUCCUACCAAGACCAAUGGCUGUGGGUAUUUGGCCCACCCAGAUCUGGGGAUAUUCCAUCUUUGACCUUGGUUGGGGUUGCACUUCCCCUUCCAAGGCAGUGCACAAUCUGGGGCUCUUCCUGGACUCCCAGUUCCAGCUCAAAGAGCAAGUGGCAGCUAUAGCCAGGAGGGCCUUUGCACAGUUUCAACUGCCCUUGAAGACCACCCAGAAGUUCCAACCGGUCCAGAGCACAGUGGCACAGACUGUCAGGGUACUGUGAGUGAAAACGAGCAAGUAGUUUAGGGGCUUUAACAUUAAUACUGUCCACCCAUUCAUGAUGGGUCUUGGGAAAAUGCUUCCACUGAAUCAGGUACUGGAGUUUGCCUUUAUGUUUUCUAGAGUCCAAAACGUCUUUUACUUCGAAGUGACUUUGUCCUUCAAUCAUGAAAGGUGUUGGUGGAGACGGAUCAGGAUGCCAAGUUUCAGAGGGCUUGAAUGCUUUCAGCAAAUUUGCAUGGAAAACAGGAUGAAUAUUUCUAUAAUGUUUAGGCAAAGAUAACUUAAAUGCCACAGGAUUUAUAACUUUCUCAAUUGGGAAAGGACCCACAUAUUUUGGAGCAAGUUUUUUGGAUGGUUGGGAAGAUUUUAAGUUUUUUGUAGAAAGCCAGACUAGGUCGCCUACCUUCCAAGGAGGGUUUGCAGUGCGUUUUCUGUCGGCGAAUUUUUUAUGCUGGCUUUUUGCUUUUUCUAGAGAUUUCACAAUUAGUGGCCACAGAUUUGUAAUGUUAUUUAUCCAUUGGUCUGUUGAGAAUUCAGGGGGGUUUUUAAGUGGUAAUUCUGAGAAAGGCGGAAAGUCCUGGCCAGAUGCUAUUUUGUAUGGCGUAAAUCCAGUGCUUUGAUGCACUGUGUUGUUAUAAGCUACUUCAGUGAAAGGAAGGAGCUCAGACCAAUCAUCCUGUUGAUGAUUUGUGAAACAUCUUAAAUAUUGUUCCAAUAAAGAGUUAAUUUUCUCCGUAGAUCCGUCAGUCUCCGGAUGAAAACUGGAACUCAAAGCUUGAUUAGAUCCAAGUAAUGUAAGAAAUU